AUGAUCUCUACAGCCCCAUUUGUUUCGUUGCUUCUCUUCUUGCUCAACGCGGAGGCCGGUGUAUUGAACGCACAGUAUCCGAAAUUAUUGGUUGUCUCCUACGAUGCGUUCAGAUUCGACUACUUCAAGAGAAACAUGACACCAUUCAUGAGCCAAUUGAAAGCGCAGGGCACUCACGCGGACUACAUGAUGAACAUCUUUGUUACCAAGACAUUUCCCAAUCAUCAUACGAUGGCGACAGGCUUUUACGCGGAAACACAUGGGGUUGUAGACAACGAGUUUUACAACAAUCUCACGCACGAUGUCACAAAAUAUUCAUACAAGUUAUUUCACUACAACAAUGAUAUCCUUCCUAUCUGGACCGUCAAUGAGAAAAGUGGCGAGGGUAGACGCAGCGGUACGAUGAUGUGGCCAGGUUCAGUGUAUGAGUAUCAAGGUACAAAGCCCAGCUUUGCACUGCAAUUCAACGACACGAUUUCGUUUGAGGAUAGAAUUGAUACAUUAAUGUCAUGGUUUGUGCACCCCACAAACCCGAUAAACUUCGGAAUACUGUACAUCGAAGAGCCAGACUACCAUGGCCACGCCGUAGGAAUUAAUAGCGUAGAAUUUAAUGAAAUUCUGCAAAGAUUAGACAAUAUCACGAGAUAUCUGCAUGAUAAAGUAGAUCAUUACGGCUUGACAGACCUUAAUAUAAUUCACCUGAGCGAUCAUGGCAUGGCGUCCGUUACGAUAGAAAGAAUAAUAAAUUUAACGAAUUACAUCAAUGCCAGCGAUUAUACUUUUGUGGGAACAUCACCAGGGCUGCAUAUUUUCCCACAUCCUGGUAAGGAAGAGCAGAUAUAUCAAAAAUUAAAAUCUGCCGCGGAACAAACGAGAACAUUUAAAGUAUACAAAAGAGAAGACAUCCCGAAGAAGUAUCAUUACGGUGACAAUUCUCGUGUAGGACCGAUCUUUGUCAUAGCUGAAGUGGGAUACGCUUUUCAGAAUCUCUACGAUGCCAUAGAAUAUUAUAAGAAGAAGUUUAACGUUACAAUUAACAAUCAAACAGAAUUUGGACUGCACGGCUACAACAACGAAGACGAACAAAUGCACCCAUUCUUUUUCGCGAGUGGACCGGCUUUUAUACCGGGAUGUAAAUUGGAUCCUUUCAACAACACAGAUCUGUUCCCUUUAUUUUGUAAGAUCCUCGACUUGAAGUGUCCCGUAGUUAACGGUACUUUAUCGCAUGUAACAAAGUGCCUUAGGACACAAUCAACGUAUACUGUAUCAUCAUUUCUGUCUGGCACAAUUAUAACUGCCUCGAUUCUUUGUGUAUUAACGGUAUUAGCGUUGCUUACAUGGAAUGUAAGAUAUUGGAGAAAACGAAGAUUAGGUUUCACCAAUAUGGAUGAAAAUCAAUACAGAUUAUAGGUAAAUAAAUACAUAGGGCGAAUAUAUUGAAAAAAAUGGUUACGUGUACCCUUACAGUACAGGGUCUCUCGAAAUUCUUUGUAUUUCUUCAUAAUUCGUUUAAAUUGGCGGAACAAAACAAAAAACCAGUAAAAUUUAGUAACGAAAUCAUCUUAAAUUUCCAAGAAUUAAAUACCUCUUUCAUAAUCGAGCAAUGAUAUUACAGAGUUACUAAUAGAUCUGACACGGUUUAUUCUUUUAAUCAGUUUUUAUGUUUUACUUGCGACAAUUUUUAAUAUAAAAUAGGAAUAUUAUGUGAUACAUAUCAUUAUUUCUUAUUACCCAAACGAUGUAAGCAAAUUUGCUCUUUUGGUGCUCCCAGAUAUCAUAUCGGAAACCCAGUUAUCAAUUCUUAUUUAUAUAAUUAUGUAUAUUUAACGACAUAUAUAUACGUAUUAUCUAGAUUUUUAGGGGAGAUAGCAUUGGUAUACAGACUUAGGCCUUUUUCCGAAUAUGUAAAAAAAUUUUUAACGCGUAAAGUAAGAAGAUACAUACACAUACGUACAGACAGACAUAACGAAUUUAUUAAGUUACUUUAAGUUACUUUUCAUUAAUAUUUAUAAGGCAACAUAUGACGUAAUGUAUAAUGCUCUUUGUAUGUGUGAAAUUUCCGUCUAUGUAUGUAUCAUUAAGUGAACAAUAUAUGUUAACAUUUAAUUCUC